AUGACGCCUAAACCCCGUGUUCUCUACCUCGGUGCCCCUCUUCGGUACAAGCAGGAUCAAUUCAAAGAAUUUUGUGAACACUUCGAGAUCAUAACUGAAGAAGUUCCCGAACGUCAGAAGUUUAUUCAGAACCUGAAGGACAAGAAGUAUGGAGACUUUGCCGCAAUCCUCAAACCCCACUUUGAAAGCGGUAAUGACUUCCGCGUUGACCGUGAAGGCAAGCGUUUCGACAAAGAGAUCAUCGACCUUCUUCCUUCAAGUAUGAAGAUCAUGGCAGGAGGAGGCGCAGGCUUCGAUCCCAUCGACACAAUUGAGCUCGGCAAGCGUGGAAUUUACUACUGCAACUGCGCUGAUGCGCCCGCCGAGGCUACAUCCGAUACCGCGAUCUACCUCAUCAUUGGGGUAUUCCGUCUUCUUUCCUGGGCUGAGCAAGCAACGCGCUGUCGCGAUCCAGCUGUGUUCAACGACGUUCAUGACAAGCUGUUGACAGCGACAUGCAACCCGAACGAGAAGGUUUUGGGUAUGGUCGGCAUGGGUCUCAUCGCUCGCAAGAUUGCACGGAAGGCGAGGGCACUCGGCAUGGUCCUUCACUAUUAUGAUCCCUUCCGCGCUCCUAAAGAGGUGGAAGAAGAGUAUGGUUUGGUCUACCACGAGGAUUUGCACGAGAUGCUGGCUAUCUCGGACUGCGUCAACCUCAGUGUACCAUACAUGGAGUCUACUCACCAUCUUAUCGACGAGGCGGCCCUCAAAGCCAUGAAGCCCGGUUCGCGUAUCGUUAACACUGCCCGUGGUCCAGUUAUUGACGAGAAAGCACUCAUUGUGGCCCUCAAGUCCGGUCACAUAUCUUCCGCCGGCCUUGAUGUCUUCGAGUUCGAGCCCGAGGUUCCGAAGGAGUUGGCCGAGAUGUACAAUGUUACCUUGACGUGUCACGCCGGUGGAGGAAGCAGGGAAACCAUCGUCCGUUUCGAGGAGCUGACGAUGUUGAACAUAAAGACAUACAUUAUUGAUGGCAAGGAUCCCAUUUCGCCUGUCAACACGAAGGUUGUCAAGACUGCGUUGUUCGGCAAGCAUUAG